UCGCAGAGUUGUCAUGGCGUCUUCGAGAGCGACGGUGCUGCUGCUGCAAUUGAGCUAAAAAUCUGUCGACAGUGUGUUGAUCGAGAUGGAGAACUACGCGAACCUGCAUCGAGACGCGGACGGCAGCUCCGUGUGCGCCACGAUAGCGGCGGACACGAGCGACGUGAGUGUCGGCGGCGGGGGGAAAGGAGCGGUCGACAGACGCAAGAAUAGUCAGGCUCCUCUCAGUACUUUGGUCAGCGGUAGUUGUAAUGACAGCACCGCGGACGUCCUCGCUCCCUGUGCGGUCAGUGUCACGUCCAGUGCCGGUGAGUGUGACGCCUCAGCGGCGCUGGAAGUUUCACCGCCAGCGCCGGAGGCUUUGAAGACGGACAGCGUGGCAGGCGGCUCAGGGUCGGGCUCCGAGGAUGUGGUCAGUAACGGGAUGGGGCAUGAUGAUGAUGAUGAUGAUGAUGACGACGACUCGGUGCUGCUGGCCGCACAAGAUAGAGAGGGUGGUGCCUCAAAGUUGGUAAACAACAAAAGCGAAGGUCCGUCGCCGCCUCGCGCUCAGCACAGCACAGAUUUGUGUGCUGAGGUUUUGGCUCCUUUGGCUCAACUUGCCAAACCCACGCACUUGUGUCCGGACAAUGCAAUCACAGCAGCGGGAGACGUAAGGCCGGGGCUGCCCGGGGAUCGCACCUUAUCGGAGGGAUUGCCGAGUGGGAGUGACCGCGAUGUCAGCCUCGGCGGAGAGUCCCGAAGCAUAGAUUCACUCGAGUCCUUCUCCAACCUGAACUCGUGCCCCAGCUCGGACCUGAACAGUGAGGGUUUGGAGGACCGAGGACUGGCUCUGGAGGACCGAGGACUGGCUCUGGAGGACCGAGGACUGGCUCUGGAGGACCGAGGACUGGCUCUGGAGGACCGAGGACUGGCUCUGGCCCUGCACAGCGACCACAGCGCCGAGGGGACAAAGAGCCUGUGCAGCAAGGAGCGAGCCGCGGCCGGACAGUCCAUUUACCACAUCAAGUGGAUCAAGUGGAGGGAGGAGAACACGCCGAUCAUCACCCAGAACGAGAACGGACCGUGUCCACUGCUGGCCAUCAUGAACGUCCUGCUGCUGGCGUGGAAGGUGAAGAUGCCACCGAUGAUGGAAAUUAUCACUGCAGAGCAGCUGAUGGAGUAUCUCGGGGACUACAUCCUGGAAACCAAACCUAAAGAAAUAUCAGAGGCUCAGCGACUCAACUAUGAGCAGAACAUGAGUGAUGCCAUGGCGGUGCUGCACAAGCUGCAGACGGGUCUGGACGUCAACGUGAAGUUCACAGGGGUGCGGGUGUUCGAGUACACCCCAGAAUGCAUCGUGUUUGAUUUGCUGGACAUCCCCCUGUACCACGGCUGGCUGGUCGACCCUCAGAUGCAGGACAUCGUCAAGGCCGUGAGCAACUGCAGCUACAACCAGCUGGUGGAGAAGAUUAUAUCCUGCAAACAGUCAGACAACAGCGAGCUGGCAGGUGAAGGCAUCGUGGCAGAGCAGUUUCUGAGCAGCACGGCCACUCAGCUGACGUACCACGGCUUAUGUGAGCUCACGUCCACCGUGCAGGAGGGAGAGCUCUGCGUCUUCUUCAGGAAUAACCACUUCAGCACCAUGAUCAAGUACAAGGGUCAACUCUACCUCCUGGUCACAGACCAAGGUUUCCUGACGGAGGAGAAAGUCGUGUGGGAGAGUCUGCACAACGUCGACGGAGACGGAAACUUCUGUGACUCAGAGUUCCGGUUGCGUCCGCCCUCGGAUCCAGAGACCGUGUACCGCGGACAACAAGAUCAGAUAGACCAGGAUUAUCUGAUGGCUCUGUCGCUGCAGCAGGAGCAGCAAAGCCACGACCUCCAGUGGGAGCAACUUCCCGAGGGCAUCAGUGACUUAGAGCUGGCAAAGAAGCUUCAGGAAGAGGAGGACAGACGAGCGUCCCAGUAUUACCAGGAGCAAGAGCAGGAGCAGGCGGCGGCAGCGGCAGCAGCAGCAGCAGCAGCAGCAGCAGCAGCAGCAGCAGCAGCACAGGGUCAGCAGGAAGGAGCUGAAGGAGACGAAGCAGACCGAGGAGGAGGCGCAGGAGCAGGUGGAGCAGUGGCUGGGACGGCAGCAGGAGCAGCAGCAGCAGGAGCAGCAGGAGCAGCAGGAGCAGCAGGAGCCACAGCCAGUCCAGGAAAACAGUCGAGCAGUGGGGAACGAAAAACCAAGAAAGAAGUGAAGGAGAAAGACAAAUGUGUUAUUUUGUAACAUACAGU